AUGCAAUCCGAGAGUGACAGCCAACCUGCACCCGCCGCCAAGCGAGUCAAGGUCGCCAAGGAGCGUGUCAUCGUGUGCAUUUUCUGCUUCCGGAAUGGCAUGCGGUGUGACUCUGGGGAGCCAUGUCAGAGCUGCCUGAAGAACCGUAGCAAGUGCCAGCGGGCGAGGUGUGCCAACUACAAGGCUGGCAAAUGUUCCGUCCCAACUUGUACCAGGGUACAUGAAGAUGACGAGCGGAAGUACAAGAGGACCGUGAACGCAGGCCAUGUGGGCAGGAAGGAUACGGGUGGUACGUCUAAGGGCGGUCAAGGUGGCGAUGGAGGAGGCAAUGGCGGUGGUGCGUCAGGUGUACUAGCAAAGGUUUCUGAGAAGGCAUGA